CAAUUGAUUGGUAGGCCGAGGAUUAACCUAGAGCAAACAAAGAAACAAYAAUCAAAGGAGCACCAUGUCGAUGUCAUCGUCUGGAACACCUCUCUUCGGCAACUUCUCGUCGCAACCGAACAAGACACCGAAGUCUCCGAAGGGUACUAUGAUCGAAAAUCCAUACACCAAGAAUGCCCAGUACGGAGCCCUGACGCUCACAAAUCAACAGUCRUCGUCGCUAGCUCUGCGAUCGAUGCCGAGAAGUCCGCUGACCGCGAUGACCCCGAAUCGUGACAAUCUUCGCCAACAGAAAGUGAAGCCGAUGGCCACACCAGGGCCUCCUCCCAAAAUGAGUUUGAGCUUGAUGGGGGGGUUGACUACUCCGAUGCAGGUAAGUGGAGUUUGUUUCGAAACACGAUGCAGUGGUGAGGGAACGAUGAAAGUAUUUGGAACAAUCUGGUGAAAAUCGCAACUGCUGCAACUGCCGAGACGGAUCAUACCAUACCGGUAGGGUACGGUAURUAUGUACAAAGUGUUGUGACUCGCGCCCAGUAUCUAUUAGCCGCUGCUAUUGUUUCUAAUAUUUUACCUGYAAAUCCAAAUACGUCCUGAAUACUCGAUUGAUCGGCGUCGCAGAUGAAACCUUCAACCCAAAGACAACCACAGGCGAAACAAGAGGAGCAACGCCUCGACGCUCUCAAGGCACCACAAGCAGUUGCUACACCCAUGCCUGUUGCUUCGCCACGGCUUUUGGAGAACAAAACAACCACCGAUAACUAUUUUGCAGAUUCAAAUGCAAACUUUUCGUCUCAGUCUUUGGUAGCGGAUCACUGGGUCGUUGCUCAUGGCUACACCUCAUCGAAUGAAUACAAAUCAUUACUGGGAAUUUUGUCUUCGUUUGGKACGAUUGAAAAUCAAGAGGCCGGUGGAAACUGGUUGGCUGUUCAAUACGAAUCACGUCUGUCCGCAGAGAAGGCAUUGAGUCGCCAAUCGGUCCUCUUGGGCAACACCCUUUGUGGCAUGACACGAGGAACUCCAUCACUUAUGCAGAGCUUAUCUUCUGGGAAAGGGCAACACCAACGAAACAAUAUAUUGCCACGGGAGCAGAACAUUGACGUGACAGAGGAGUUACACAACGAUGGAAAGCACGCCACACAGACUGCGGGAAAACUGGGCGAACAGGACAUUCUUCUGUUGGAAAAUUCGGCUUACGAAAGCCGUGAGCSGUUUCAACGAAGGUCCAUGUGUGACAAAGUACUUGCCUGGUACUUUGAAUGGGACGAGCACCCUCACUCCGACUAAUCAAUCAAAGUUUCUGCCACCC